AUGUCAGACUACGACAAUCACAUCGUCUGCAUCGGCGCCGUGUACAUUGACACUAUCCUCACCGUCCCUCAUUUUCCCAUUGAAGACGAGAAACUCCGCGCAAAGAAGCUCAUCAAGCGCCGCGGAGGCAACCCAGCUAACACACUCGAAGUCCUCCAACAGCUGAACUCACAUGCAGGUGGUCAGAACGCAGAAUUUAACAAACUGCAUUUAUGCUCUGUGCUUCCGGCUAAGGAAUCUGCCGCGAAACACUUCAUUCAGCAGAGUUUGCCAGGCGUAGAUAUCGAUGGGUCGGCUGUGUUUAGGGAAGGUGAGAAGGAGGCGGCGAGCAGCUAUAUCAUUCAAAACGAGCAGACUCUGAGUAGGACUAUCGUUAGUAUCAACCAAUUGUCGGAGAUGACCGCGGAAGAGUUUGGCGAGAAAGUACUCCAGAUGGCGAGGAACCAAGCGGGGCUGAAGUGGGAGGAGCCGUGGUUUCAUUUCGAGGGAAGAAUACCGGAAUUCACGGCACAGUGCAUGAGGUUUCUGCGAAAGGAGUUUCCCGAGUGUAGGAUUAGUGUGGAAUGUGAGAAUCCGGAACGGACGGGGAUGGGCGAGGUUGCGAGGAUGGCGGAUGUAGUGUUUUAUUCGAAGCUCUGGGCCACGAAAUGGGGGUUCGAGGAUGCUAGGAGCUUUUUGCAAGCACAAUUGAAGGAUGCAAGAGAUGGAGCUGUAUUAUGCUGCACAUGGGGCGCUGAAGGAGCGGCUGCGGUUGAGAAAUUUGGGGUGAAUAUCCGGUGGGCGGAAGUGAAGGGUUGGCAGCAAAAGCGAGAAAAGCAGCGCCAGGUGGUUGAUACAAUUGGAGCUGGUGACACCUUCAUUGCUGGCAUGCUUUAUGCUCUCAAUGAUAUGCAUGACGGUUGGGAUCUGCAGUUGCAAAUCAGUUUCGCAAAUGAACUUGCUGGACGUAAAGUUCGGCAGGAAGGCUUCGGAGACUUGGGACGGCAGAUGAUGACAAGAUUCAAGUCUUGA